AUGGGUGGGUGGGUGGAGGAGACGGGAGUGGGUGGACUGAAGGUGGGUGAGGUUUAUGGACGGGAAAAAGAGUUGAAUGGCUAUGAGAGAGUUGAACACCUUACCAUCAACACUCCAGGUGUUGAACACCUUACCAUCAACACUCCAGGUGUUGAACACCUUACCAUCAACACUCCAGGUGUUGAACACCUUACCAUCAACACUCCAGGUGUUGAACACCUUACCAUCAACACUCUAGGUGUUGAACACCUUACCAUCAACACUCCAGGUGUUGAAUACCUUACCAUCAACACUCCAGGUGUUGAGUACCUUACCAUCAACACUCUAGGUGUUGAACACCUUACCAUCAACACUCCAGGUGUUGAACACCUUACCAUCAACACUCCAGGUGUUGAACACCUUACCAUCAACACUCCAGGUGUUGAACACCUUACCAUCAACACUCCAGGUGUUGAACACCUUACCAUCAACACUCCAGGUGUUGAACACCUUACCAUCAACACUCCAGGUGUUGAACACCUUACCAUCAACACUCCAGGUGUUGAACACCUUACCAUCAACACUCCAGGUGUUGAACACCUUACCAUCAACACUCCAGGUGUUGAACACCUUACCAUCAACACUCCAGGUGUUGAACACCUUACCAUCAACACUCCAGGUGUUGAAUACCUUACCAUCAACACUCCAGGUGUUGAAUACCUUACCAUCAACACUCCAGGUGUCGAACACCUUACCAUCAACACUCCAGGUGUUGAACACCUUACCAUCAACACUCCAGGUGUUGAAUACCUUACCAUCAACACUCCAGGUGUUGAAUACCUUACCAUCAACACUCCAGGUGUUGAACACCUUACCAUCAACACUCCAGGUGUUGAACACCUUACCAUCAACACUCCAGGUGUUGAUGUCUGUCUUCCCACUACACUUGUCACCGGCUCCAGGUCCAUGUUAAGCCGGAAACAAUUACAGGCUCCUGUAGCCCAGUGGUCUACGUAA